GGGCACCAAGCAAAAAUAAUCGGAACCGUGUCUGCUGCGAAUCGAAUCGGUUACCAGUACCUUUCGACGAAAUCGAAUCGGGCGCGUGUGGCACGGUUGGUGUUAUAGUGGAAGCGAUUCGCCGUCAACUUUGGGCCCGCAAGCCUGCGCCGUUCGUUAUUGUUCAUAAUCAUUCGCAAUUACUUAACGACUAUCUAUUAUUACGACUCUCGCUGAUCAACAAGGCCUGUUUGACGACAUUCGUUGCGUCGGCGGUGUAUACACACUGAACGGGAUAAUUUCGCGUAGAGGCUCCCAACACGAAUCCCGCUGCUGUAUCACUCGACAUCACGCCACAGUACGACGCAAUAAUUAUUAGUAUUAGUACGAUUGAAUUGACCAUAAUUAGGCGAUGGAGGGCGAGCCGAGGAUGACCCCGCUGUACGACCAGGCGCUGCUGGGCGUGCUGCAGCACGAGGGGAACAUCGAGGCGUUCCUGGACGUCGUCUUCGGCUUUCUGUACCGACGCACCGACUUCUACCGCCUCAUGCUUACCCAGGGCGACCGCCUGGGAUUUCCGCCCGGCGUGGCCGAACGCAUCGCCCAGCGGGCGUUCUUCAAGUUCCAGCGAUUGGCCGACAAGGACCACAAGCGGCGGUUGCAGAGUCUGCAGGAGAAGCUGGAUCACAAGCUGGAGGUGGAGGCCGUGCAUGAGGUCGAGGUGUCGGGCGACCUAUCGGACAUGGUCGCACAUGUGGAGGAGGUGGGGAUCGUAUCAGAGGAACCUGGCUCCCAGCAUUCCCAGGAAGCAGACAGCGAUCAAGCUGUAGAUGCUGGAGCAGAGCUGCCAGACGCUGCCAUGCACUCGGAGGCUGGAAAUCCUCCAUGCCAUCCAGUGAGUGCCGCGCCGGCACCUGUGGAGGCUGAGAAGACGGAAAAGGCUGAGAAGACGGAAAAGGCACUGGAAAAGAAGGCUCCGCUCUCCUUCCAAGACAGCCCAGACAGCUACAAUGGAGCUGUACGGGAAAAUUACGUCUGGUCGCAGGACUUCACCGACCUGGAGAUAAAGGUGUUUGUGCCGAAAACUAUUGUCAGGGGCAAACAGGUUUCGAUUAACAUUCAAAAGAACUCGCUGCGUGUGGCCAUCCGGGAACAAGCAGAAGAGGUGGUGCUGAUGGAGGGGAAAUUAACACACAACAUCAAUAUAGAAAGCUCUAUGUGGAGCCUGGAGCCGGGCAAAUGCAUACAGGUGAACCUGAACAAAGUGGGUGAGUAUUGGUGGAACGCAGUGCUGGAGGGUGAGGAGCCAAUAGACAUUGACCGCAUUAACAAGGAGCGCUCCAUGGCAACGGUGGACGAGGAGGAGCACGCCGUGCUGGACCGCCUCACCUUCGACUACCACCAGAAAAUGCACGGGAGGCCACAGAGCCAUGAGAUGAAAGUGCAUGAGAUGCUGAAAAAGGGCUGGGAUGCAGAAGGCUCUCCCUUCAAAGGUCAAAAGUUCGAGCCAGGAAUGUUCAAUGUCCCCCCCGAUGCCGUGCAGUUCUGAACAUGGGCAAGCACAAGACUAGUGCCAUAACGGCGGAUAUGGGGGCACUUCACCAUGCCCAUUGAAGCCAGAAUAGACACUUGGACCUGAGGGUGGACACACGGGAGCCUAAGGCGGACACAUGGAGCCAAGGGUGGACUUAAUCGCCUAUUUGAUUCUUUAGGUGGCAUGGGCAAGCAAAAACCCAAUGAAACUACCCUUCUUCAAGAGAUGUUGGUUGCCAUUUGGAUCGAUGGCGUACGUUACAAAAUAGGAAUAUGGUUAAUUAAAUACCGCUGAUAUUUAGCUCAGUUUCCUGUGAAUAUUAAAUAUCCUGCAGAUCGUUUCUUUAUCUUGAUGUUUGUGUAAAAAACAACGUUUUAAAUCAAUGUAUAUGGCAGAAUAGAGUUUUGGUAACAAUAUCUAGAGGGAAAUGGGGGGAGUAGCGAUACUGUGGUUAGUGCACUACAUUAUGAAUCCGGCAACUUGAGUUAAUUUACUGGGCACAGCUAAUAUCGGUGCUGAGUGAUAUCUGAACCGAUCAUGGGCCCCUGCUCAACAACCAGCACUGACCAAUAUAGUGAAGUUUGUUUGGCCAAACAUCUCCCAUGAUUGACAUGGCAUGGGAGUCCUUGAUCCAGCAGUGAAUUGAUCAAGUGCUCCAUAUUAAAGUUUUUUUUUUCAAACCAAUAGGAACUUUCAGCCUGUGUAACGUAACCAGAUUGACAUUGGCAAUUUAUUUGUUUGUCUUUUCAUUCCAGUGCAAAUCCUCCCAUUUUUGCAUCUUCAACUGAAACACGGAAUGGUCUCUGACAGAGUUUGUCCCACAUUUCACAUUCAUGUUGUGUUGGGGAGACCAGGCACGUCCCUCCAAAUGCUUCUGCAACAUUGUACGUGACACAACUUGUAACGUACACCUUAACAUCCCUGCCUCGAUUUUUAUGGCGCUUCACUGCCCGAGGCUCUCCUGGGAGAGAUGUGUGGGAGAGGCAGCACAUUAGUUGACUUAUUUUGUAGCUUGAGUGAGGAAAAUGCUUUGGAUUUCAGUCACCAGUAAGGUUGUAGUGCAUGCAAUGGAAGGAAACUGGAAAAAAUAAUACUAAUUUUGAGUGUGGCCCUAGGCUUAUGGUUUUAUUCAUCAGCUAUAUGAGUGAGUGAGCUUUGGUUGUGUUUUACCUGUGAGCUGAAGUUACUCAAAUGUUUUUUCGUGCAUGUGGGUAAGUACCUGCAUUAAAAAAGUAUGUUUUUAUUAAACAUGCUUAUCAGAAAAUGGGGUUAGGUUUUCAUGGUAAAAUCAUAUUGGUGAUAGAAUGCAUAAUUGUCAAUGUUUUAUAGGAAAAAGCUUGUGCUUGCACCGAAAAUAAUAUAUUUUGAUAAAGAAAUUGCGAAAAAAAAACAGUUUCAAAAGGAUCACCAUGGCCAGCAUAAACCAGUGGAUAGAUAGGAAAACUUGAUUUGUAACCUCCAGGGAAGAGAAGCAGA